AUGUUCGGCGCUCCGACAUUUGGCUCGUCGUGGAUGGCUGAGCAGAAGCCGCUCGCGUCAUCCUCGUCCAUUAGGUAUCACGCCUCGCUCCCUAAUGAAUAUAUUGGCGGGAGCGUGCCGGGACACUCGCCGUUCUUUGCUCUUGGCGGGGAUACCGCUGCUGCUGCUGCUGUGGGAGGGGGAGGCUUGGCAGUACAUGAGGGGCGUCCACGCGUGAUGGCGGCGACGGUGGAUGCGGUGGGAGAACCCAACCCGCAAGGCCGCCAUGCCGACGGCACCGCGACGGGCAUGGAAAGCACAGAGGCCGUUGCUUUAGCGUCACUCGCCGCGCCAAACGCCACGCUCCAGGGUUGCUUCAACGCACUGAGUCUGUACAUGGGUGCAUCGCAUGUUCGCCCAGAGGAGAAGACGGCAAUAUCUUGCCUGAUGGAGGCGGUGACACACUACACACAAGCACGUCUGCGCGUCAAGCAGUAUCUCGAAGAGGGGGAGGCAUGCAUGCAGCAGUUUGUUCACCUUCGUGGCUCCAUCAGUGCGGCAGUGAGCGGGCUUGCGACAUCGUUGCCCAACUGCAUGACGGAUAGCUUCUGCUCUCCGCCGUCGCAGGGGCCGGCUGGGUCGAGUUUCGCCUCCGCACACAUGCAGCGAGGACGGGCAAAGGUGGACGCGGACCUUGCCGAGUGCAGGCGGCUGCUGCAGCAAGUGGAGGCCUUCACACGGACGUUCCAGGAUCUUCAGCGGCGUCGGGCGCGGCUGUUCGAACACCUUGACGAAGGGCAGCAGCAACACAACUGUAACCAGCAGCAACAGCAGCAGCAAUAUUAUCAUUCCUCUGAUGCGGCGGCAGGGUGUGCGAUGGCGCCAAUCUCACAGUUCCAAGCCACUCUGGAUGAAUGCGUGAUGCGCGUGCGAGAGCAGUGGGACGCCUCUGUGGCGACCGUGAUAAAAAAACUCGUAAGUAAGUUGGCCAGGAAUCCACAGGACGCCGAAGAUAUACCCGGCAACACAGACGAAGAGCCCAUUGAUGACAGUCGCAUUAUCACAGGGCUGCUGCAGCUGUGCGACGACACACUGGGUCGUGUGGAAACGAUGCGCAGCCGUAUUACUCGCCUUGGCACGAGCCGCAUCGAAGAGGUGGAGGCGAUUGAAAAACUCCUCGCAACUAUGGACAACUACGACCCUACAGCAGAGGAUCAUGCAGGACGGCGGAAGCAAAUCGAUGCCGAGCUGGAAGAACUGCGGAGUUGGCUGGGGCACAUUGGCCAACUUCGGCAGCGCGCCAUGACCACAAUGGAGAUGCUGCAGCAAAGCCUGGUGAAGGGGUGCGUCAGUGCGGCAACAUCGGGUCGGGCUUCGCCGUGCCUUUCUUUUCACGGUGACACUGGCAGUGCGCUGUCGUCGCACCGCCCCUCUGUUGCGACGCCAGGAUCGCUGGAUGAGUGGCGCCAGGCGUUGGCCCCGCAGGACGCCGUCGUGGCGAGGAGCACCACGACGCUACCGCCUUCAAAUUUGCAGCUGACUAUCACCCCCACCGCUGCUACUGCUGCUGCUGCUGGUGGUGAUGGCGGUGGUACCGCAACCGAACAGAAUGACAGCAAUUGCAAUGAUGAUGCUGGGGCUCGCAACGCUGUUGGAUAUCCUCGGGUGGAGCCGUCCCCACCCAGCGCUACAAUCGCCAGAAAGAGCAACAGUAACUCACCGGGGGAGAAGACAGGGGAAUGGCGAAGUGCCGCUCCACUUUCCCCCUACGAUGUGGACCACUGUGACCACAGUGGAAGUGACCGUGCAGCAUCUACCCCCGACAGCAGUGGUGAAAAUGAUGAUGAUGAUGAUGAUGAUGAUGAUGACCGAACAUCAAGCUAUCAUGUCAACGCCUUUGAUGCAGGCGAGGAUGAGAAGUACGUGCGGCGGCGAAAGCGCGGCGGCUAUCUAAGCAGUAUCGCAGCCUUCGCCAAAGCAGUGGUAGAGCGGGCAACGCGGUUUAGCGACACGGAGGACGCCUAUGAGAGCGACAGUGUGGAGCGGAACAGGCGGAGACCGAGGCGCAGAAUGGAGUGA